AUGCCAACUAUCUAUGAUAUACAACGCGAAGAAAUGUAUACUACUGAUCCACGUUCAAAUACAACAUAUGAUACAUAUGGGUCAGUUGGUACUUCUGUCGGUUAUAUGUCAGCUAUUACACCACGACAAGUUAUUAUAACUCGACCUGUAAAAAACUUAGGUGGUGGAAAUCGAAAUGUAUCAUCUAAAAUGAGUGUAUCUCAUUCGAUGUCUAGUAAUGCUUCAGGAUUACGUGGUGCAGUUGGUGGUGGCGGUGGUUCAUGGGCAUUAGUUCCAUUUACUAGCCAACGUGCUGAAGAAAAACGACAAUUAGCUGAAUUAAAUGAUCGAUUUGCUGAAUAUAUCGGUAAAAUUCGAUAUUUAGAAGCUGUUAAUCGUAAACUUAGUCGUGAUUUGGAUAAUAUUCGAAAUAAGAAAGGUAUUGGUUUACAACGAAUACGUGAAAUAAUAACACGUGAAAAAAAAGAAGCUGAAGAUACAUUAAAACGUAUGGAUGAUGAUGUUCGAUCAGGACAAGGAAAACGACAAGAAGCUGAAGCACGUCUUAAACAAGCUGAACAACGUUUAGCUAGUGUACAACGACCAGAUCAAAUAAAUAAUGCUAAAGGUCAAUUAAAACAAUUACGAGAAAAAAUUAUUGAUCUUGAAAAAAAAAUUGAAUUAAUACGAAAAACAAUUGCUGAUAAUGAUGAUGAAAUUGCACUAUAUAAUGCUGAAUUACAACGUAUUCGAUCUGAUAUUGCAAAUCUUAUAUCAGAAAUUGCUAAUGAAGCAACACAAAAACAAUUAUUAAUGGCAGAAAAAACUGUUCUUGAACAAGAAUUAAAAGCUCUUGAUACAGCACAUAAAUUUGAUGUUGAACAACUUCGUUCAAAAGUUGCUAUUGCUAAUGUUGAUCCAGCACCAUUUUUUGAAAGUGAAUUAACAUCAGCUAUACGUGAAAUACGUAAACAAUUUGAAACAAUAACGGAUCAACAACAACAACAAUUACAAAAUUAUUAUCAAGCUAAAGUAAGUGCAUUAAUUGAAUAUCAUCAACCAAAAGAACCAAUUGAAUCACAAUGGCAAACAGAAAAAAUUCGUGAAAUAACACGUAGUGUAUCUGAUAUACGCGGUCGAGUUAAUGCAUUACAAAUGGAAAAUCAAGAUCUUGAUAGACAAAUAGCUGACAUACGUCAACAAAUACAAUCAACAAAUUAUCAAGAAGAUCAACGUUUAAUUGAUGAGCAAAAACGUUAUCGAGAUGAAAUAGAUCGUCUUAAAGGUUAUAUAAAUGAUUUAGAAAAAUAUCGUACAACACUUGAAGAAGAAAUACGUCGUUAUCGUUUAUUACUUGAAGGUGGAAAUAAUCAAGUUGGUUUACGACAUUUUGCUGAAGAAGCAGAAAAAAUCAUGAAUCGUGGUCGAUCAUUACUCGAUUCACUCAAUUUACGAUUGAUGAGAAAUGCAUCUGGUGGAAGUAAUUCUCAUAAUAUACGUGAAGUUACUUAUUCAACAUCUUAUUCAUCAGGUGGCGGUUUGAGUGGUCGUUCACCAUCGACUUCACGCAAUGUUUCACCUCAUCGCUAA